AUGUCAUUUGAGGAUUAUGCUGCAACAUGUUCACGUACAUUUGCUCAAACACCAAUACGUCUUGUUCGUAUGUCAUCGUCAUUGACAACAUUUGUUGGUUGUCUUGAUCCACCUUACCGUCAUCUUGUUUUAUUAUGUCAACCACAUUUUACUGAUACAUCAAUAUCAGUUGCAUUCUAUUUAAAUGGUACAGCUUAUUUUGAAUAUUUAAAUGAAGAAAAAAUUCGUCAACGUUUACAAUUAUUAAAUAAUCCACGUAAAACAUCAUUUCAUCGUGGUGAUUUAGCACCUGUAUUAGACCGUUUAAAAUCUAUGUUAGCUAUUGAUUCUCUUAAACAAGAUAAUCCAGAUAUUGAAUUACAUGCUAAACUAUUAUCAGCAAGAUUAUUAUCAAUUGAAAUUUAUCAUAAUGAUUUAAAAUUUAAACUUCGUCUUGAUGAACGACCAGAAUUAUUUGAACAACACUAUGUUAGACAAUUAUUAAUACAAGUGAAAGAAUUAUCACAAAGACAAACAUAUUUAUGUGAAUUAUUAGAACAUAAGGAUGAAUUACCACAAUUUGAUUCAAAACUUUUUCUGUGUACGCCAAUGACACUUAUUGAUGAUCAUGAAGAAGAAGAGGAAGACGAUGAAGUCUUAUCGUCAUCAACCACUGGACGCUUAUGGAAAGCAUCAUUUGGUCGUCGUGGCGGUCAAAAUUUUCUUGAUAUAUGUUUACUUAAAAAAUCUUAUAUGAGAGCAUUAGAAGAUCUGGAUGAAGAUGAAGACGAUGAUAUAGAAACCGUUUCCUCAAUUUUAACCAAUAUAGUUGAUCAAACUGUUGCUAAUGACGAUGAACAAAAUAAUGAUGAUCAACAAUAUAAUGACGACGUUGGUUUAGCAGCACGAAUCGCAAAACGUUCAAUAGCAUCAACAAUGAAUACAGAAAAUGAUGAUCAUCAAAUGAAACGUUUACGAAGUAAUCCAGCAGCUCCUACCGUUUCUGCUUAA